UACUUGGAGAGCCUAGAACUUAAAACAAGGCUGAAUGAGCCAGCAUAGUUAGGGUUAUCCAUUAAUCCUGAGCCAGAAGGGAGUGGAACUUCCCCCAGCCCUGAAGGACGCAAGGCCCUGCUAUCUGAUGGGGUGGUGUUGGGAGUUGGCCACAGCCCCGCAGGCCUCCAGGGUCCUUCAUUCAGUGCAGCUACUGAGAAACGUAGCUAUACUGCGGAAAGGAACGGGAAAGCCUAGUAGUGUGCACGUCUCCCUGACGCCGCAGGACGCCUUCCACCCGUCUUUCCCCGGAUGUCUGUGCACGCCACAGGGAGCAGCAGCCCUCUGAUGCCGGCAAGGCCCAGAUGCAUGGGAAGCAUAAGAGCUGCAGAGAAUCUAGGCAGGCAAAGAAAUGACUCUCCUAAGGUGGAAAGAUGUUACCCGCUCCAGUCCCAGGGAAGAUGCUACCUCUGACGAUGAGGAUGUUCGUGCUGCUGCUGCUGCCCCUGAGUCGGGCCGCUCCCAAGGAUGGAACCAUGAGGCUGGACUCCGAGGUGCAGCAGCAGCCCCUACCCAACCCCUUCCAGCCAGGCCAGGAGCAGCUCCGACUCCUACAGAGCUACCUGAAGGGGCUGAAGAGGAUGGAAGAGGACCCGGAGCACAUGACCCGGGAGCAGGUCCUGCUCUACCUCCUUGCCCUCCACGAUUACGACCAGAGCAGACAGCUGGACGGCCUGGAGCUCUUGUCCAUGUUGACAGCAGCUCUGGCCCCUGGAGCCUCUGACUCUCCUGCCACCAACCCGGUGAUCCUGAUGGUGGACGAGGUACUGGAGACUCAGGACCUGAACGGGGACGGGCUCCUGACGCCUGCGGAGCUCAUCAACUUUCCGGGAGAGGCCCCGAGACACUUGGAGCCACAAGACGUGGGCAGACAGUCCCUGUUGGCUAAAAGCCCGUCAAGACAAGAAACACAGGAAGCCCUGGGUCUCAGAGAAGCAGCUGGGGGACAGGUGGAGGCCAGAAAGGAGUCCUCGGAGCCUGUACAGGAGGCUGGAGGAGAAGCCGCAGGCCCUGGCGGGGAGGCUGGGGGACAGGCAGAGGCCCUGGACACCGGAAAGGAAGCAGAAGGGCUUCUGGGAAAAACGCCGGAGUCUCAGAACACCCCAGGGGAGUUUGAGGUUCACGCGAUACAGCUGGAGAAUGACGAGAUAUGAACCUUGAGGAUCCAGGUUUGUGCCCCUAGAAGUCUCGGCGCCGGAACAUAAGCUCCGAAGGGUGGGGUGUGUAUGUUGGGACAAGGACCACCUCUUGCCCCCUUCCUGGCCCCAUUAGGUGGCAGGUCUUUCUGUGCAGCUCACGGAGACCCUAAGUUGAGGACUGAAUAAAGGAAUGAAAAAACUCACC